AUGGUGGCGGAGCAAGAGGGCAAGGCAGGCUACCUGAAGUUACAGGAGCAGGCGAGCGAGGAGAUGAAGGCGAAAAGCUAUGUCGAGAUAGAUGACGAACGGAUCAGGCGCAAGCCGGAGACCGAGUCUUCGUCUUCGUCCAACGACGAUGGCAGCGACUACACGUCGGAUGAAGAGGAAGAUUCUGACGAAAUCAGAUACAGCGACUACUCUUCGGAUGAGGAAGACGAUGGUGACGACAGUGAGUACUCAUCGGAUGAAGAGGAAGACGACGACAACGACGAUGAUGAUGGCAGCAGCGACUACUCGUCAGAUGAGGAGGAAGACGAUUACGACAACGUCGGCGACCACUGGGCUGAUGAUGAGGACAGUAUUUACUCCACGUCAGAUGAUGAGGAGGAGGAUUGUUUUCUGAUCCUUGGUGAUUGUGCAAUGUUUGGCUUUAAUAUGGCCAAAUCAUCGGAGUUCUACCCUUAG